UCUGCUCACUCCAUUUAGCCUGAGAAAUAGAGACGUCGAAGGAGGCGCUCUGCUCCACAAUUUUACUGAGGGGAGCAUACGAAAUGUGGACAGUAGUGAACGGGCAGACGGUGACUUCUGAUGAUGGAGCGAAAUUCCUCUCUUCUGCCUUCAGAGAGUCAGUUCUUUUAACUCUUCAGUGUCUUCUUCUGGAGAGGAAGAGCUGUCAUGGGAGGCGCGCGGCACUUCUCAUGCGUCCGGAUUGAUGGAGAACCGCGAAACUUCGCAGUGGAUAUAGAACACGCGCGUGACGCGCGAUAGAGCGAUGGGACGCAGACGCAAUACACUGUAACAAAGACUCCCAUUAGGGUGAGGUGUGCACUGGACCAGCCUAUGCCAUGAGGACUCAGAAGUCCCACAUCCGGACAUCAGCUAGACCUUCCCGUCAGCUCCUGCCGCGUUUCAGUUUUCACUCCAGGAGAAAGAAGGAAGGUGUGAUCCAGGGAAAGCUACGCAUUCGCUCCAUGCCUGGGGCCUUUCUGGUGCUGGGAGUGGUGGUUGUUAUUGUUGGCACUGCACUUGCUGUGGCUGGUUACUGGCCAUACCGGACCCAUCGUGCAUCACUGGACUCAGUAGAGGAAGGGUCCUCAGGGACCUCACAGGCCUCAGGAUUGGGAUUAGGAACCAAAUGGCUGUUUUCUGCUGCAAGUCUUGUGCAUAGUGAGAGAAUGAAACUCAUCGGCCCCGUCAUUAUGGGAGUGGGACUCUUUAUACUUAUUUGUGCCAAUACGGUACUCUACGAGAAUCGGGACAGGGAAACGCAAAUGCUUCUGGCUCAGAUGCGGAGCGUCAUCUGCUCUGUUUCUGCAGCGGUGCCUUCAGCAGAUCUCUUGCAGGUCAACUCCCUUGCUAGGCACUACCAAUGGGUCAGCAGCUUACCUGCAGCCCACCUGAACAUCCUUUGCUUGCAGGAAUUGUCCCGCUCAGAGCCACUAUUACAAGUGAAGAGCAUGGAUGAGGAGGAUAGCAUGCAACAGCAAGAAACGCUGCACACUGAGGUUCUUCAUCAUCAGGACUCUUCUUCCACCCCCUCGAUUCACAGCAAAGUGAUUCUUUGCACUGAGGAGCAGAUGACCACCUGUGGACUAGAUCUGCAGUUUGAAAGUCACUAUGGACUCAGCAACUGCAUGACAGCAUCUUCUAUGUCCACACUGGGUGGGGAAGAAUGUGAGACCUUCUCUAUCCCACCCAGACGCUCCUACAGCAUGAGCCACAGAGCUAGACCACACAUAUUGCCCAAGGAUAUGGUGCAUCCAGUGGACAAGUCCAUGUCCCUAGUGGGUAACCAAAGACUGCUUCCAAGACAGUCCAGCUCAGAGGUGUGCAUGAACAUGGUUGGGUUUGGAGUUGACCUUGACCUUAUACCUGUGGAAGAGCAGAAACACCGUAGUUGGCCGAGGCUAGACCUUGGAAGCGCCAGGAGGUACCUCAAGCUGGAGAACAAAGAAGAUUCUGUGGAAAAGUUACUGGAUCAGCUUGAACAGCAAUGCUUGCAGUUGAACAAAAGCUAUGGCUCAGGCCCUUUCCAGUGAGAUGUGGUUUAAUCAUUACAUCAGGGUUAAUGGAAUGGUAAAUCCUAUGGUCAUGAGGAAGAGCCUCACAAAGCAAUAUGCUAUUUCUUUGCACAGUUUCUGGAAUCCUUUGAGGCCAACUAAUUUGCUCAUUUCCAAGACCUAGCCAUUAAUCUCACUUGACUAGUUUUUGUGACUAGUUUGCUUUGAGAUGCGUGAAGUAUGGAAAUGUAGCUUGAAAGGGCAUUAACAUCUGCAAUAUUUUGCUGUCCUUGAUUGCAUGGAUAUAUAAGCAUGCAUCCUGGAGGAAUCUAGGGAUGGAGGUAUUUUACAGCCAUGGGAACAUUCUAAAUGUCUUGUGCUUCCAUUGAUUCUAGGAUGAAUCCGACCUUUUGUGUGUAAAAGGGCAAAAGAAGGAAUCUGCUUGGUAUUGUUGCAAAAGCCCAAAUUGUUUCCAGGACACACUAAAUAACAUCAAGGUAGAAUAAACGAAGUCAUCAGCAAAGAGAUUCAAAGCAAACACAUUUCUGAUGUCUGAAGUCAGGUUGGCCAAAAGCUUGAUUUCUCAAAAUCCUUGAUUUUUGUAAGGGGAUUUGUAGCCCAAAAUGAAGAAUGCUGGUUAUUUAACCAAAAAUAAUGGAUUUGUCCAUGAACUGUGUCCACUUUAGUAUCUGCUCUCCUCUUAUCUCACUGGUCUCCUACCUCUGCCUAACGGUGGUGAAACAGAAGCACAGAUGAUGAAGGCACACUCUUGGCUUCAUUAACUAAGGUGAUCAGUUUUUGCAUGCACUAAUGCGGGUACAUCAUUGCUUUCCCUUUAAAGGGUGGAGCUUGAUAGAGCCCCUUCUUUUUGCAGUGAGACUGUGUAAUUGCACUCUGUUUACAAAAACAAGACAGUCUCCCUGUCUCUAUUUUGUCUGUGUAGCCUGUUUUUGUAUGCUGUGUUGUAUGCUGUGUUUUCUCUAUGUAUACUGAGCAAUAUCCACAAUCUGACUAAUUAAUCAUUGAUGAUGUCAGACCCUUUACACCUUUAAACUGAAUUCCAUGCCUGUGUUGCAAAUAAAAGGCAAAGCAAAACCACUUCAAAUGUACAUGUUUUUUGCUAAAUACAUGAUGUUUCCAUGGCACUUUGCAAGGCAGCACUGUUUUAAUAUUUUUCAAACAUUGUAUAUUUCUUCUCCACAGUUUUCUGCAAUUAAUUUAGACUGAACCUGUAAACAUGAAGACUCCAUUCAAACUUCAUGCCUUUUAAGAAAUUUAAGAUUAAAGUUUGAAAA